GGCCCCAGUCAGUCGGUUGAGCAGAGUUUCUGUUUCAUACUAUUUUUUUUUUCUUCCACCGCGAUUCGUCGUGUUUUUCUGCCGCCAAAACGAAAAAAAAAAGCGAAAAAGAAAAAGAAAACGAAAAAACCGUAAUAAUACCGGGUCUCCAAAUCCGUACAGCCGUAGUCGUAGUACAUAGAGUCCAUAAGGCGUUGCGGCGCUAGACGAACGCGAGAAGUGCUGCAAGUUGAAUUAAAUAAUGUGUCGCACAAGAUCGCUGCGUGUCGCGCUCAAUUAAAUACACAUAUUUUUUUUUUUAUUCCCUCUUCCCUAGUCUUUACUUAUAUAUUUUUUUUUGCCCGUAUUUUGCACCACAACGUUGUUAUUUUUAUUUAAUUGUUUAAUAACAACAACAGCAAAGCUAAGUGCGAAAAGUGAAGUGGAGUUGGCCGACGGAAUAAAGUGCCUCUGAUCAUCAUCAUCAUCAUCAUCAUCGUCGCGAGUGCGAGUGCGAUUGCUCAUAAAAGAAAAGAAGAAGAAAUUAGAGCAGGUUCUAUGAGAUCGCUGAUAUCUUGAGUUCCUUAGUUCUAGAGUUAUCCUUAGCCUAACCGACAUUCGAUUUGGGUGGCGUUUGGCGUUCCUCUUUGGGAAAGGAAAUCCCAGAGACCCCCUACGCCCGUGGAGAUCCAACGACUGGCACCUGUCGUUAAUUAAAUGUCAACAGUUUGGCAGCAAGGCAAGGAGGUGGCAGGAGUCCAAAGAGCCAAAUGAAUGGGAAACGGAACUGGGAAGAUAGAGCAAAAAAGAGAGAGAAGAAGAAGAGUGAGAUAAAACCAGUAAUAAGCCAAACGAAAUUGUUCAGAAUGUUUGCCGACCGACUGUCAGAUAAAUCAUAAGAAACAGCAAACAGCCAAACAGAAAAGCUACAGAAGGAGAACCCCACAACCCCAACUCUGAAUAAACGAAAGAAAUCUGGGCAGGAAUUAUAUUAAAUAUAUAUAUAAAAAGAUCAGAGAUAUAUAUAUAUUUGAGAAAAAAUGGUUAAUGCGGUGAUGGAUGCCAUAGCGCUGCUCAGCACGCUGGCCAGUGAUUUGGACAUAAUGCUAAAUGAUCUUCGUUCGGCGCCGAGUCAUCCAGCAACAUCAACAACUGCAACAGCAACAGCAACAGCAACAGCAGCAAUAACAAAUCAACAGCAACAUCUACAACAGCAACAUCAUCAUCUUCAUAAUCAGCAGCAAAUGCAAUCAAGGCAAUUGCAGGCACAUCAUUGGCAGAGUUUUAACAACAACAAGAAUAACUUCAGUAAUAACAACAAUAAUAACAACAAUAAUAAUAACAACAAUAACAACAACAACAACAACAACAACAAUAAUAAUAUAAAUAAUAAUAACAAUUUGCCUCACCCACCUUGCCUGAUCGACAUCAAACUGAAAUCACUUCGAACGGCAGCAACCACAUUUACCGCAACAACAACAACAAAAGCUGCUGCAACAACAACAACAUCCAAUCAGCUGCAACAACAACAACGACGUCGGUUGGCCCCCAAACCAUUGCCACGCCCACCGCGACGUACCCGCCCCCUAGCACAAAAAGAGCCAUGCGCCGGCGAUGAGGAAGAUGGUGAUACGGAUGCCAGUGACCUGGCCAAUAUGACAUCACCGCUAAGCGCCAGUGCAGCGGCCACUCGGAUCAACGGUCUGUCGCCGGAAGUGAAAAAGGUCCAAAGGCUGCCAUUGUGGAAUGUUCGCCAUGGCGGCCAUGGCGGAAAUGCCGCCACCCACUGCCACCCAUCAAGUGCCGCAGCGGUGCAGCGAAGGUUGCCCAGCCAAGGCCAUCAGCAGCAGCAGCCGCAGCAGCGAAUUGUGACCCAGCGAUUUCAUCAUCAUCAUCAUCGAACGCAGCACGGGUGA